AUGUCCGAUUUCCAUCAUCGGUCGCGUAUCGAAGGAUUCCCCAAGCCUAACCAAUUAGGUCUCGCGAAAUGUAAGGCUUGUAAUGCCUGUCGCCGCAAGAAAAUCAAAUGUGAUGGCAAACAGCCCCGGUGUGGCCAGUGCCAGGCUCUUCCCGUCGGGGAAUGUGCCUAUGGGAAUGAUGGCCGACGUUACACUCGUACGAAGAGAGACUCCAUGGCCUCCGUGGCUAACAAGCUGUCGACCUUGGAAAGUCUGUUGAAAGGACUGGACCAAAGACUCCUCCCCGAGCAUGACCGUCGUCUACCUCUCGAGCAGUCCUCAACGGACCGCGACGAUGACCAGACACCGGGGCCUUCCCAAGACAGUGCUGGCAUAGCAACACCGGAUGUUGCCCUGCAAGCGGGUCAAACUGCGGCGAGCCCGUCCAGAGCACCCCCUGCCACCGCGGUGGACGGUUUUUCUUUCCACGGUCACCUGUCCGGAGAAUACGAGCUCGGGUCUGUCACUGCCCAAGGCUUGGGCCGCUCACGCGAUGAGUUGACAUUGCCAGCCGUGGCCAAUUUUAUGGUGGACAACCAGGGCUCCAUCUCCGCGCAUGGGCCAUCGUCGGCAUAUCACUACCAGGACAAAUCUUCCUGUGAUGCCGGCGACCACCCGGACGAUGGAGCAGGACGAGGCAGUAAACUGGCGCCGGCGUCGACGUUCGACGUGGCAGAUCCCUACAACAACGAGGACAUCCGUGUACAGCUGAUCGCACACGCCGCGCUCGAGCGACAAAAGGAGUCCUCCGCGCUACUACUCGGCAGGUAUGAUUUUGAUGGACUGGACUCCGAUACUGCCCAACACCUCCUCCAAAUUCAUUGGAACCGCCACCACGUAUUGUUCCCACUGACCUAUCGGCCUUUGCUCAUGAAAGACGGAGCAAGAGACGGAGCGUAUGCUAACAAGCUCUUGUGGAAUGCGAUAUUUUAUGCAUCCGCCUUGCACAGCACAAGGCCGCACGUCAAUGAGCCACGUCCUGGAGACGGAGAGAGUCUCAGAGAUCGGUUUCGGCGCCGCUUCAAGCAGUUACUCGCCGAUGCGCUGGAGGAGUCGACCACCCCAACCAUCAGCGCCCUUCUGCUCAUGGGAAACAGCCUUGUGGCAAGCGGUUCGCCCACGGCAGGCUGGAACUACUGUGGCCUAGCAUACCGCAUGAUCAUCGACAUGGGUUUGCAUCUGGAUUCCCGCAAGACUCGACCUUCUCAGCCCAUGUCCUCCAAAAGUCACACCAUGAUCAGCUUUACCGAAGCCGAGCAGGAAAUGCGUCGGCGCAUCUUCUACGGGGCGUACAUUGUGGACAAGUUUCAAUCGCUCUACUUUGGACGGACUCCGGCUCUGCCCAUGAUCGGAACCGAACCCCCUCAGAUCUUUCUCGACACGUACGAGGACUUGGAGCUCUGGGCACCGUACGCGGACGCAUCCCCAGAGGCAAAUGAACCCUUUCGUCCCUAUACCCCGCGACCGCAGCAGGUCGUGCCCACGAUGCGCGCCCUGCUCGGGCUGGCCGAGAUCACCAACGACAUAAUCAGCGAGUUCUACAUGCCAUCGAGGGUGCAGAUGUCCAGGGAUCAGGCGACCGAAUGCCUGGAGCACCUGCGCAAACGCCUCGAUGACUGGCACGAAAGUCUGCCUGCGUGCCUGCUUUUUCGGCCGCUCGAAGACCCAACACCCCCACCGAAUCACCUGAGCCUUCACACGACCUUCCACACGCUCCGGAUCCUCGUUCACCGACCCUUCCUGCAGGAGGGUCACUUGACAUCCCUCAACGUGAGCAUUGACGGGGUCUCGUUCGAGAAGACGUGCCUGGUGGCCGCACGACAGAUUUGUCGCCUGGCCAAGGCGUACGAGGAGGCUUUUGGCCUGCACCACGCGCCGUAUCUGUUUUCGUACGCACUCUUUUCGGCCGCCACUGUGAUAACGCGCCACGAGAGCGACAGCGAACUGAUGAUGUAUCUGUUCCUCGCCCUGACACGGAUCCAAAAUGGCGCCAACUUCGGUCUCUCGAAGCCGUUGAUGAUCAUCCGCGAUCUGAUGGAACGGGUCGGCGUCGACACGCGCACCAUCACGGCCGCCACACAAAGCCUCAACCAGCAACUCCGGAAAGAGGGCGAAGAGAAUUCAACGCCGGGGUUGCCGCCGGCCAAUGAUGCUCCUCUUCUGAACGAUCCACUCGGAAACAAAUCAAUGAGUGGUCUGGAUUUGACGUGGCUCGAAGAUCUAGGUUACUUGCAGACAUCUGACGAUGAUGCCAUGCAGUGGCUCAUGAACCCAGCCUACGUGGAAGACUCCCAAGUACUUUACGGCUUAUUUGAACCUUCAGACUGA